AGAAGCCGCCUGUACCGUGCAGGACAAACCACAUAGCAAGACGGGCCGAUAUAUAUCUCCCUGUGCUACAUAUCACAGCAAAAUUUUGCUUGAUGGCAUCAUGAAGAUGGUGACCCGCAUUGCUGCGUCUGCGUUGGUGGUGGUGAUGGUUGUAGCGAUGAUCGGACCCGCUGCUGCCACGCCGUCCCCGAAAGCAGAGGCCGCUGCUGCGGCUGCUGCCGCUGCCGAGCCCUGCUGUGGUCGAGGUGCUGCCGGGGCUUUGGGCUUCGUCGGGGGCUUCGUGAUUGGCCGUGCUGUAGGCCACCGCCAUCACCACCACCACCACGGCUGUGGCGGCUGCGGCGGUGGAUGGUGUGGUGGCUGCGGUAGGAGGAGGAGGAGUUUGGACGAAGUAAUGGGCACCGGAAAGCUCGAAGAAGUAUACAGGCUGAUCACAUCCAAGGACAAAGACCAGUGUGGCCUGCGGCUUGUGUGCGAGUUGGCGCAGAAAAACCAGCGAGAUCUGACUGACAGCGAAGUCACAGUCUUGCUGCCAUACUGGGGUCUCGAGGAAAGUGACGAGAAGAGCUACUACGGGCGGUACGACAAGGCGGUAUGGCACGGGCAGCAAGGCACCCCCUGCAAGGAGCUAUUCCCGAGAUGUAUGUACUCGGCGAAUCAGAUCAUGACCGAUUUCUUGCCGGAUUCCACUGGCCUUUACUUCUGAGGCGGAAAUACCGCACACUUCAUCGGUCUUACUGUGUUACUGCUAAAACACUUCAGCCACUUUGAAAAAUAACUUUCAAGAAGCUUUUCUGGAUGUUUUCACCGGUGUUGUGAUCCUAACUGCAGAUGGACAAAAACUUUGCGUCAGCAGAAAAAAAUACCCGUGAGAAGGCAACUGAUUAUGAAAAUAUCCCUUAGAACACGGGGAGUUUGUAAAAAAUACAGUUCAUGUUUGUCAUUGUAUUUCAGUGAAUAAAAGGAUUUUGCUCCUA